CACCUUGUCACGGCCAUGCCUGCUGUUAGCACGCUUUCUGUCUCGGACAACUUUUAUCGAACACAUUCCACGCAGUUUCUCUUCAGACCAAUAAAUUAAAAGUUAAACCAACACUCACACUCCACACUGCACACAUCCUUCUCUCUCUGGAUUCAUGAAACUCUCGCUCUCUCCCGUGACUCCUUCGCCAUAAUAAGCGUGAUGAAAAUCGAAACAAGGAAAUAGAGUUCGAAGCUUAGUAAUCGAAGCAUGCGAUCCCCUCAACCGCUUCGCAACGGCGGUGAUAACAGUUCUUCGCCGUCGCACAACCCUCGCUUCCAGUCCACGGUGGCGGAGCACAAACUACGCCGUUUCAACUCCCUCAUCCUCGUUUUCCGCCUAGUCUCCUUCUCCUUCUCCCUUGCCUCCUCCGUCUUCGUGCUCACCAACACUCGUGGCUCCGAUACACCUCACUGGUACCACUACGACACCUUCAGGUUCGUUCUUGCGGCGAAUGCGAUAGUGGCGGUAUACUCCGUGUUCGAAAUGGGCGCGUCGGUGUGGGAAAUUUCACGAGGCGUAACGCUGUUCCCCGAAGUGUUGCAAAUAUGGUUCGACUUCGGACAUGACCAGGUGUUCGCGUACCUGCUGUUAUCGGCGAACGCGGCGGGGACGACCAUGGCGAGGACGCUGAAGGAGAUGGACACGUGUAGGGCGAGCAAUGCAUUCUGCGUGCAAAUGGACAUAACCAUAGCGUUGGGAUACGCGGCGUUUGUGUUCUUAGGGUUGACCUCGCUCCUAACGGGCUUCCGCGUCGUCUGUUUCAUAAUCAACGGUUCCCGUUUCCAUCUCUGAGGUUGGUUCUGCGUGGGAACGACACAGAGGAGCCAGCCAUAGACGAAUAUUUUUGGUGGGGCCUGUUCUCUUUUUACUGUUCUUCAAAAACAAAGAAAUGUCCUCUCUCCCAUUGUAUUAAAUUUUUUUGUUAUAAGUAAUUAAAAUACAAGAGACUGUAUUGCUGGGAGUGUACAAAGCAAAUUUUUUCUUACA